UCAAUUCCAUAAAGUUCCAUAAUAUACUGAGGUAGCUACACGUUUUCGAAGAUGAUGUCCGAAGGCCGAUCCCGAGUUCAACAGAACGAUCUUCUUUUACACGAGGCCGUAAUCAAGAAUGAACCAGAAGCAGUCAGGGAGGCUUUACGAAGACCCACAGAUGUCAAUUGCAGGAACAAUUACGGCCGAGCGCCAAUCCACUGGGCAGCGAGCAGAGGCAACACAGAAAUAAUAAAUUUACUUAUAGAAGCAAAAUGCGACAUUGAAGCUGUAGACAAGUUUGGAAUGAGACCACUGUUAAUGGCAGCGUGGCACGGACAUCUUAACGCUGUACAAACUCUCGUCAAAGCAGGCGCUUGUCUUGCAGCUACUAACAAGAAAAACAAUGACAUUCUUCAAUGCGCGUGUGCUCGUGGAUCCAAGGAAGUAGCAGCUUACGGAAUAGCCCUCGGCGCUAAGAUACAAGGAUGCGACAUGGCGGGAGACGCACCUCUUGCGCUCGCAGCACGCGCUGGCUACACUGCCGUCGUUGAACUAUUGCUGGAGAAAGGAGCCUACAUAGACGCCGUGAAUAAGGUAGGACGAACUGCUCUUCAUGUCGCCUGCGAAGGUGGUCACUGCAGCACUGCUACUCUCCUGGUAACUAAAGAUGCAUCGCGAGAAGCCCGAGACAAUUCCGGGCGUACACCACUUCACCAAGCCGCCGUACAUCGGCAUACGGAACUAGUGAGAGUUCUCCUUGAUACGGGAUGCAACGUAAAUGCCACAGAUAAUAACGGGGUAACCGCUCUACAAAUGGCAUGUGCCCAAGGUUGUCGCGGUAUCGUGGAGCAUCUACUUGCGUUUGGGGCCGACGUGCAUCUUCAAAAUAACGUGGGCUCGUCAGCGCUCCACGCGGCGUGUGCGGCGGACGCCACAGACAUUGUGGAGCUACUCCUAGCGCACGGAGCGGACCCAGCUUUGACCGAUCAAUGGUCUCAAUCGCCCUUGAGCGUGGCGGGUGGCGCAGCGGAGUCCCCUCCGGAGGGAUUUAGACGAGCGGCCCGAGGUUCCUUCUCAGCUAUACUGGAUUUGUUGACAGCCACCACCAACCUAGAUCAUCAUCAAGAGCAGUCUGACGGUUCAACGUCCCCACGUCACGAAGAUAAGUCCGGCGGCCAUUCUCCUGCUACUAAUGAAGGAGAAGGCAACAGCGAGAGGUGAUGGUCAGCGACCACUCUUCUUGAUAGACUUGCGCAGCGAGGCUUUGCAGCAGACACACGCCUGGCUCUACCGCCUACAGGCUGUGCGAGAUACCGUGAGCUAUGCUACCGCGCGUCGCAGGCGCAUGCGACGCCAGACCGUGCGCCGCAGCCGUGCGACUGCGUCAACUGCUCGCGAAGACGCUCUGUAGACACCUGACCAGCAGACGAUCCCGAUUCGAAGCGUCCCAUACCCACCGCCACCAUCGUGGGAAGAUCUUACAAAUUUUAAUCCCAAGCUUCAAAUAAUUAUAGAUAAAAUUUCUUAAUUUCACUUAUUUUCAUUCAGAGAAUAUAUGCUAUAUAAUUAAGAUAUGUGCUACUAAAUUUGGCGGUAUUUUACAAUCUACUUAUAUAAAUUGCAAUGGGUUAUAAAAGGGGAUAUUUUUGUAACUGUCAACAUAUUGCGAUGCCAUUUUUUAUUGUACCACGAUUCAAAGCCUAGAUAUAAAAAUUACUUGCUUUUCAAAUAGGACAUACCUACUCAUUUAAGUACUUCAUAAUAAUAAAAAGGUACCCAACAGUUAAAGGUAGACGUUUAUAACCAUACGCUUUGCUAUUGGUUUUGCAAAAGCGAGCAUUACAAACAGGUUUUGUUUAAUUUAUUUUUAUUUGUAACAAACAAUAUUUCUUCCCUUUGACUACAGCAACUGGUGUAUAAUUAUUUUAGGUUGAUUGGAGCACUUUUUUAUGGAUUUUAUUAUCCAGAGCAAUACUAUUAUUGUACAUGUGAUUCGCUAUUGAUGAAUAGGAACUCAAAAUAUCAACGAAAAUCGGCUAGUGUUGUCAGGUUACUGUAAAGCCUUGGAAGUAGGUCAGAGGGCCUAAAUAAUCACACAAGAAUGCGUAAUAUAAAAAGUACUAUUUAAUAAAAAUAUAGAUUUUUUUCAUUACCCUGGCAACCCUACACACAAUUUGCAAACAUCACUCUCUCAGA